UCCUCGUCUCCGUUUGAGUUAAAACAAAGAGGCGGGGUUUGCUGACGAGCUUCCGCCGGGUCGCGUAGCAGCGGUGGGCGGGGCAAAGGGCUGUCUCGCACCGCGGCGAGUGGCCGGAGCCUUCCUCCCUCUCCUUCCCUUCCCCUUCCCCUCCCAGGCAAGGCUGGGACACGGCACCGGGGCUGUCCCGUGGCCGCCGCGGCCUCAGCUCCCGCCGGGCUGGGCUACGGAGAGGCCGACCGCUUCCAGGGCGAGUGCUCCUGAUUGUGACAUCACCUCCAUCCCUUGGUGAUGGAGCUUAUCACUGAGAAGGAAGAUUCAGUUGGAGAAUAGCCAGCAAGAUGGGCUACUGGGAGCGUCUCCUGAGUGGCACUGAGCGGAGGCGUCAGGGGGUUGGAGCCUUGUGAACAGGGAGCCUGUCCCCCAACACUUGGAAGGGCCUGGGUUUCAGUGAUGAGACAUGGGGUAUGAUGUAACCCGCUUCCAGGGGGAUGUUGACGAAGAUCUUAUCUGUCCUAUUUGCAGUGGAGUCUUGGAGGAGCCGGUCCAGGCCUUUGCAGCCCACUGCUACUGGAAGCAGGUUGACUGGUGUGGAGCAAGCUAUCCUGAUGGUGUCCAGAGGUCCUGGGUGUGUCAGUUGCCUCCCCGCCGGGGCAGGGCCUUGUCUGUUUUCUGGCUCUAUCAGAGCUGAGACACGUGUGGAGAGGUCACUGGCAGUGGCACCUCAUUGCGAGCAUGCUUUCUGCAAUGCCUGCAUCACCCAGUGGUUCUCUCAGCAGCAGACGUGUCCCGUGGACCGCAGCGUAGUGACGGUGGCCCACCUGCGCCCAGUGCCUCGGAUCAUGCGGAACAUGUUGUCAAAGCUGCAGAUCGCCUGCGACAACGCUGUGUUUGGCUGUAGUGCUGUUGUUCGGCUUGACAACCUCAUGUCUCACCUCAGUGACUGUGAGCACAACCCAAAACGUCCUGUGACCUGUGAACAGGGCUGCGGCCUGGAGAUGCCCAAAGAUGAGCUGCCAAACCACAACUGCGUUAAACACCUGCGCUCGGUGGUACAGCAGCAGCAGACACGCAUUGCAGAGCUGGAGAAGUCCUCAGCUGAACACAAGCACCAGCUGUCGGAGCAGAAGCGAGACAUCCAGCUGCUGAAGGCAUACAUGCGUGCAAUCCGCAGUGUCAACCCCAACCUUCAGAACCUGGAGGAGACAAUUGAAUACAAUGAGAUCCUAGAGUGGGUGAACUCCCUGCAGCCAGCAAGAGUGACCCGCUGGGGAGGGAUGAUCUCCACCCCAGAUGCUGUCCUCCAGGCUGUAAUCAAGCGCUCCCUGGUGGAGAGUGGCUGUCCUGCCUCUAUUGUCAACGAGCUGAUAGAAAAUGCCCAUGAGCGAAGCUGGCCCCAGGGUCUGGCCACACUAGAGACAAGACAGAUGAACCGGCGGUACUAUGAGAACUAUGUGGCCAAGCGCAUCCCUGGCAAGCAGGCUGUCGUCGUGAUGGCCUGUGAGAACCAGCACAUGGGCGAUGACAUGGUGCAGGAGCCGGGGCUCGUCAUGAUAUUUGCCCAUGGCGUUGAAGAGAUAUAGAUCUCGGCGGGCUGUCGGGAAGAGAUGGAAAUCAGAAAAUCUCAUCACUCCAGUAGCUGAGCCCUGAGUCCUCCCCACUGUCCUUAAUCUUGUGGCUUAUACUUGGGCCGCACAUCUCCCUGCUCUUCUGGCACUGAAGGGCCCUGGAACACUUUGCUCAGCCUUCUAGGUGGGAAACCCAGAUUCCCUUCUUUUGCCUAAUUCCUUCCCCUAAGAUGUCUGUAAAUUUUCAGUCUGGUUGGGAAAGUCCCCAUUCUAUAUCUGUUUUCCCUGCCUAGGAUCCCUGGUUCCAGAUAUUUUCAGAAAGCACAAAGAUACUCAUUUUCUCUUGAAGGAUCAGGGUGGAGUGAGAAAUCUUUAAUCAUUCCCCUCCUUCAAACCAGGGAAUCUGAGCAGACAGGCCUGUUGACUCUAAACACUUAGCGGGCAGCUCUGGGGAGCAGACAUCCUGAAGACAUAGUAAGGGUGAAACCAGAACCCUAGAAGUAAUGAGCCAGUAACUGGCCAUCAUGCAUGGCCCUUAGGGGAAGACUGGAACUCUGUGCCAAGCAAUACCUUGUUUAGUCCAUCUUAAAGGUGCAGGCUCCCAUCGGUCUGCAGGUGUGCAGGUUGGGAUGCCGAAAAUUUCCAGAUGAGCUCUUCUUUCCUAUACUUUCUCUUAAUUAAGGAAUGACAGGAGUGGGAGUAGGGGGUUAGUCUCUUGGGGUGAAUAUGCUCAGCAAGAAGCAGCUCUCUGGCAUUGGCUGAGAUCAGGUAGGCGACUGCCUCUGUGGCACAGGCCAUAAUAGUUCCCUAGCCCCUCUCCAGCCCUGUGAUUGUAACUAGUCAUUUUGAUAAUUCCCUUUGGCCAUUGUUGUGUGUUUAUAUAUCAUUCCCUCCCACAUUUUUUUUUAGAAUGGCCUACUUAUGGCUACCCCACUUUUCCAGCCCAGCCACAUUGUUGGCAAUUUAAUUUAUUUACUUUUUUUUUUUUUUAAAGAAAGGAAAAAGAAAAAAAUGAACAAAACUUAAAAUUUUUUCUUUUAUUGUUCCUAUGGUGGGGAUUCUGAAUAGGGUGGGACAGGGAUGGGGUCUGUUUUAUAUUUUUCCUUUUCAGCACAACCUUUGGCUUUAACGUAGGAAGGGCCAAGGGAGUCCUUGGCUGAACUUAUGUCUGCUCCAACCCUCCAUAACCCACUCUGAGAUGAGGAGCUUCCUUUCUUCCCGGGGUGGGUGUGACAGUCCGCUGAUGCCUGAGCCUCUGGGGAACUGUGCUCGGCCCUUCCAGGGUCUCCUCAUAAAACUCUGGGUUUAGAGUAUUAAUUUUGAAGAAACCACCCCAUUUCCUUGCAGAUAUAUAGCUGGGUUCUAAGCUUCACCAGACAAGAUGGGACAGAAAUUAUGUCUUGGUCUCUGAGUACAGACGGUACUCUGUCUCACCCACACCCCUGAAGGACUGCAGCUCCAUUGACCCACCAGGGUGACUGCAGAGCAAGAGAAGGGGAGGGAUAGCAGGUGUGAGUAUUUUAAUAUGUAGGUGGGAGUGGGGUUGAAGAGAAGGCCAUCUAACAUCUCUUCUGGAGUUUUAGUCCAGGCCAGCUUGCUGUAGGUCUGGGUAGUUGGUCAUGGCUCCACUGGGAUUGGAUUGGAGGGAUACAGCUUGAAGGGAGUAGGGAACAGUCAUAUGUUCCAGCUCCAGGACAUUGUGCUCAGGAAUCUGAAAACGCUGCUAUACUUAAUCUGGUUACUACAUUUCUUCCACUCCCCGCUGCCCCUGCCAGCCUUCCCAAGGCCCCUCCCACCUGCCGUCACCCUCAGAUGGAGCCAGGAAGCUCAGUUCAGGCUUCCCCACCCUUUGCACUAGUGUCUCUGCAGGUUGCUGGUUGCUGGUUGUGUUAUAUGUGCUGUUCCGUAGUGUUGACUGCACUAAUAAUAAACCUUUCACUCAACUCUCUAAAUUCUUAAUUCAGUAUUACUCCCCAUUCUUGUAAAAUUUCUCCCCUGCUUUGGCCUUUUUCUCACCUACGUCCCCUUCUUUCUUACUUUGUAACCUAUCCUUUUCUUAGCACUAACCUCUGUUUUAAGAGGCUGGCUGUCUGGGAUUAGUGGGCACCUCACAUCUUUGCCCCGUGCGCUCCUACAUCCUUCCCUGCUGUCCCCUGUUCUGUAGCAGCCAACACGCUCGCUCUCUCCAGGGAUGGGAAUUUUGUUUUGUUCCAGGGUCUGCCUCUGCCCCUAAUUCCAUGUCUUCUGUUCCUGGGGUUGGGGACACUUCCAGUUACUCAUGUACCUUUCUCUCUUCUUCUCUCUUUGCUUUGGAAUCUGGGAUUCCAUCGUAGGCAGGGAAGCCUCUACCCCCCAGUGCCUCCGAACUCAGACGGCAACUGUGAGGAAGGGAACCGGGGACACCUGCUGUGGGUGGCAGGCCUCCCCCCCUUCUGGAGGCCUUCGCGGCCACCACCUCCCUGUCAUGAGAAAAAGAAGAUGUUCUUUUCCUCGAGUAUAUUAUGUUUUAAAUUUGUUGGGCACUUACCAUGUACCAACUGUAAAUCUAAUAGUACUCUAGAUACUCUAGUGGGAGUAAGGGGGGUGGGCAUAAGGGCAUUCCUGUGCCAACUGAAUCUCUACUACUUUUUUUUAUCCUCUACUACUUCCACACACACAAGGUCUGAUCAUUAACUAGUGGUGAACACAUUACAAUAUAGAGCAUAAGAGGCAAUAUAUGUACUCUAGUGAUAGCAGUAGUGCUUUUCUCCCCUAGUUUCCUUCUAAUUUACUUUCAGAACAACCUACCACGCAUUUUCCAAUAUCAUGAAAUGGUACCAAAUCUUCCUUUUAGGUGGAUUUGGUUUUUGGAAACAAUAUUCAGACGAUUCUGCAAGGAACUCACUGGGGUAGGUAUGGGGGAGUUCAUGUAGCAAAAUGGCAUCUACCUUCAAAGACUUACUUGCUAAUGUAGAUGAUUAUAUAAUAAGACAUAAUAAAUGCCAGAAGUAGUUUCACAAGCAAUAAGGAAGAGUAAGCAGAGGGAAGAUAAAGCCACUGAUUGUGAUGGGUACCAGGAAAGACUUUUUCAGAAGUAUUUGUUCCUGGAUCAGAGUUUGGCAAACUACAGCUUACAUCCUGCUGUCUGCUUUUGUAAAAAAAAAAAAGAUUGUAUUGGUCUCGGCCGGCGUGGCUCAGUGGUUGAGCAUUGACCUAUGAACCAGGAGGUCAUGGUUCGAUUCGUGGUCAGGGCACAUCCCAGGGUUGUGGGCCUGAUCCCCAGUGUGGAGCAUGCAGAAGUCAGCUGAUCAAUGAUUCUCUCUCAUCAUUGAUGUUUCUGUCUCUCCCCCUCACUGCUUCUCUGAAAUCAAUAAAAAAAAUAUUUUUAAAAAAUUGGAACAGC